AUGAUCCAAGUAGGCUUCAUACGGGGCGUACUCGACCCCGCGCAUAAAAAGGACCGUCAGCACCCGCAUAACGAAAUCCCUCUCCGACAACCACCGCUCCGGGUUCAAAUCGUGCACGCCGUACCAAAACGAAUCCUCGCCCGACUCCCCUUCAGCGCCCCUGCCGCCGCCCGAUACACCCACGACGGGCGCCCGCGCGCUGUACACAAGGCGAUCGAACCGCAGGGGGUUUGA